UUGGUGCUCACAGGUUUAGAAGAUGACAAGGCGGCGUGGCAGGAGCCCAGGCUGCUGCUCCUCCUGGCUGGGAAGACGGGGGCAGGGAAGAGCGCCACGGGAAACUGCAUCCUGGGCCAGAAGCGCUUUGUCUCCAGGCUCGGGCCCACUUCGGUGACCAGAACCUGCGCGGUGGGGAGCUGCAGGUGGGCCACGUGGCACUUAGAGAUCAUUGACACCCCAGACCUUUUCAGCUCCGAAGUCUCCCAGACAGACCCCGAGUGCAAGGAGAAAGGCCGCUGCUACCUGCUCUGCCCCGGGCCGCAUGUCCUGCUGCUGGUGACCCAGCUGGGCCGCUUCACCGCCCAGGACCAGCAGGCCUGGAGUGGGGUGAAGGCGCUGUUCGGAGACGGCAUCGCGGCGCGCACCAUCGUGGUCUUCACCCGCAAGGAGGACCUGGCGGGGGACUCGCUGCAAGAUUAUGUGCGCGACACGGAGAACUGCGCGCUCAGGAAGCUGGUGGCCGAGUGUGGGGGCCGAUUCUGUGCCUUCGACAACCGAGCCACCGGCGCG